AGGCAUGCAGCAGAUUAAGAAUGGAUCAGCGUGAGCUCCUCGUGCUCCUCGCGCUUCUUUUGUUCGGCCUCCUCGCCGUCUUCCGGCGCGGCCGUGCUCCUCCCCCUCCACCCUCACUCGCCAUGCACAAGAUCGCCCACCCAGCCAUCGCCCACCGCGCGCUCGUCGACAACGCCGACGCCUUCUCGAACCGCCCGCCCGCGCGCCUGCACGUGGCCCUGGCCGCCCGGCGCGGCGGCCAGCGGAACGACAACCUCAACUCCGUGGCGCAUGGCCCGCACUGGCGCGCCCUCCGGUGCAACCUCACCGCCGACACCCUCCACCCGUCGCGCCUCGGUGGCCUUGUGCCCCUGCAGCGGGAGGCCGUCCAGGGCCUCGUUGCCGCCUUGUCGUCCGCCCCACGGGGACGCGGGGAGGAGGUAACGGAGGUGCACCAGCACCUCUAUGGCGCCGUGUUCUCGGUCGUCGCACGCGUGUGCUUCGGCGACGCCGUCGAUGAGGCCCACGUGCACGCAAUGCGCCACGUCAUACAGCGCUUCCAGAUCGCCAUUGGGCUGGUCAAGCCAUUCACGUCCAUGGGCUCCGUGAUGGAGAAGCUAGUGGAGUGGAGGCGGCUGCGCAGGCUCUUCGCCAUCGAUGUCCGGCUCAAGGAGCUGUUCCUCCCGCCCAUUGAGUCACGGCGGCGAGGGGUUCAGUCUCCUCGACCACGUGAUGACGACGGCCGUCAUCCGUACGUUGACUCACUUGUCGACCUCCGCAUCCCUGACGAGGACGGCGGCCGGCGCGCUCUUAGGGACGACGAGAUGGUGCAGCUGAUCUCGGAGUUCCUUGGUGCCGGCACGGGGACGGCGGUGGCAACCCUCGAAUGGGCCCUCGCCCACCUUGUCGACAAGCCGGAGGUGCAGGAGAAGCUCCGCGGCGAGGUCGACGGCGGCGAGGUCUCCCGUGCAGGUGCAGGCAUGCCUUACCUGCAUGCCGUCGUGCUGGAGACCCUCCGCAUGCACCCGCCGUUGCCGGUCAUCCCACGCCAUGUCCAUGCCGAUUCCGUCGGGGUGCUGGUCGGAGGAAUGGCCGGGCCGCCGCCGGCCGGCGACUUUUACGUGAAUUUCUCUGCAGGGGACAUUGGUAGGGACAGCAAGAUAUGGAAGGAUCCCGACGAGUUUCUUCCGGAGAGGUUCCUGACCGGCGGCGACGGGGAGGGCAUCGGCCCGUUGCCGGGGCCCAAGCAGAUAAGGAUGAUGCCAUUUGGCGCCGGGCAUAGGUUCUGCCCUGGCGUGGGCAUGGCGAUGGUGAACAUGAAGUGCUUCUUGGCGGCGCUCGUGCGCGAGUUCGAGUGGGCGCCGCCGACUGGCACCGUCGCCAUUGACCUCACGGAGCUGGAUUCCUUCUUCAAGGUGAUGAAGAAGCCGCUUUCUGCGUGUGUCACGCGACGCACCAAAUCCAUCUAAAGAUCUCGUGAACCUACAUGAUAUGUGUAGAAUAAAAUUGUUGUGUUUGUACCAUUGUUGCAGCCGAGAGUAAGGGUGGAUUAACAAGCUGCUCAGCUCGUUAAACUCGUACUCUUGAAGGCUUGACUUGUUAAACUCAUUAAGCUUAACAAGCAGAAAACCCUCCUCGGCUUUGUUCA